AUGCUCAGCCGGCGGCGUGUUGGGGUGGCUCCCACCACAAGCGCGACAGUGGAGGAGCGCCUGGCUGUGUUUGCACCGCACCACCUGCCGGCGCUCCUCACGGGACUGGACGUGGAUGAUGUGGCGGAGAUGGGACCGGAGGACUUCGUGUUACUCGAGCGCCCCGCACGCCAGAAGGUGAAGUCAAUACAGGCGAUCCUCAUCCUAUGCUUAAACAUCGGUAGCGACCCACCAGACUAUCCCCGAAUUGAGCCCUGCGCACGCCUAGAGUGCUGGACAGAUCCCCAUGUGGCACAGAUGGCCUACUUUGCGGCAGAGGGCGCCAGCGAGUCCAUCGCCGAGACGUUGGAGCAGCAGUACCGCUCUCAGCUGCGGGAGACAAACUUCAAAAGAGCGGUUGAGGUGCAUUUAGAUGAAGCUAAGCAAAUGAUGAUGGCAACCCGACGGAAGGCCGACAAGGGAAAAGUCUUGCUGCACUACAAUGGUCAUGGUAUGCCAUGCGCUACUUCUAUUGGCGAGAUUUGGCUGUUCGACAAGAACAGAACACAUUACGUGCCACUGAAUAUAGCCGAAAUAGCGCAGCUUCUGGAUUCUCCGACACUCUACGUCCUGGACUGCAACUCUGCUGGCUCAGUUUUGGAGUACUGGUGCGCGGAGCGUCUUCACGAAACACGCCCGCAUGACAUGCUAAUAUGCGCGUGCAGUGCUGGGUGCUUCCUUCCAUUGAACCCGCAACUCCCUGCCGAUGUGCUGACAUCGUGCCUCACUACCCCGCUGCAGAUGGCCCUGGAAUGGUAUGUGAGUUACUCCCAUCGCAAACAUCUGCUACCGCACGUAACGGCUGAUAUGGUGCGCAGAAUUCCAGGUGACCUUACGGACCGAAACUCACCACUAGGUGAACUAAGUUGGAUUCUUGUCGCUGUGACAGACACUGUUGCGUGGUGCACAUCUCCUCCUCCUCAGUUCUAUCAGCUGUUUCGGCAGGACACCAUGACAAAAGCACUAUUCCGGAACUUUUUACUAGCUGAUCGCUUGUUGCGGGAGGUGGGAUGCGUACCCGUGUCGUACCCCCCUAUUUCAGAAGACGCCCAUUUGCACCAUGCCUGGGACCUCUGGGACUACACACUAGAGAACGUUAUAUGCCAGUUACCCGAUCUUCUCACACCGGAACUCACGGUGAACCCUAACUACACGUAUCAAUCGUCCUCAUUUUUUAUGGAUCAGUUGAUGGCAUUUGAGGUGUGGGUGGAAUCGGGAGACCUGAGCGCGCAACCGGAAGAGCUACCAAGUGUCCUUUUGGCUCUCACCCAAAUAUCGUACCGUGUUCCUGCACUGACACUCUUGGUGAAGUAUUUGGACUCGGGCGCAAUUGCGGGAAAGCGCGCAAUCCUGUGUGGUGUUCUGCCGUACGCCAGCAAGCUCCUCAUACAGACUCCAGAGGUUUUUUUGAUUGUGAGUGUGUUGUGGAUGCAGGUUGUACGGGCUGAUAUGGCACAGGGCACUUCGGAGCUGCAUAAGUCGCAGCUAGACAAAUAUUUCAUACGUCUUUUACAGUUGGAUGAGGAAAGUACAAAAGUGGAACCGGUAGAAGAUGGUAGAACAGUGGCGUCAUACGUUAGUGGCAGCGCCAAUCUCCGCACCAAUGGUUCGGCGACAUUGCCUGCUGAUGCUAAUGCCAACGGAAGUGGAGGUGGAAAUACGCCUACUGCAGAGACACAUUACUACCUCAUGAAGGAGGUGGAUCUCCACAGAUGCAAAGCCAUGGCAUGCUAUGUGCUGUGCCAACUGCUGAAGCGCGGUGGCGAAUAUCAAUGUGUGGCGUGCUGGAACAGCCAGUUGUUCAAUGCGGCCUUUUCGUGCCUGUCGUCACCCAAUGCGGAGGUACGGUCGUGGUCCUGCUUGGUACUUGCCCAACUUUUUUUGGGUCUGCGACAUGCGAAGAGUUUUGCUUCGCAGGAAUGUACCACACGCUUGGAUCUCUUCACACGUUUAUUGCAAGACAAAUCACCGAUUGUGCGAAGUUCAUGCGUGACACUAUUGGCCUCUUUAGUCGGUUUUCGUGUUGAUAAGCUCCCUGUGGAACAGCAAAUUCGUCGAGUGCAGAUGGAGAAGUCACUUCUAAUAAGACUGCGGAAUUUCAUUUUUGAUGCUAGUAUGAGUGUUAGGGAGGAGUUGAUUUUCUUCGCAUGCCAGGUGUUGUUUCACUACGAAGGUGUUGAGUCUUCGCUACGCUCCGCCACCGCCAGUGGCAAUCGAUUUAUGGAAUAUAUACAAUAUGUUGGGAGGAACUCCCCAGAGUGGGCUGUAGAUGAGCCAGGAGUGCAUAUUAAGUCAGAACUGAGUGCGUCACGUCCCACUGUGAAUAGUCGCUUUGACCAUGCUGUGGUGUUUACGUUUGGCUUCCUGCCACGUGACGACCCUGCCCCGCCCCCAACGGAACUAGAUUUGGCUGCCAUUGACCCGGGGGUGCUGGUGGUGCUGGAAGGUAUGGUGCAUGACGCAUCAGUGAUGCUAUUUACACUCUAUCAAACCUGUGAUACGGGCAAGGUGGCGGCGGCGUUGAAUGCAUUGGCGAACCGAAGUCCACCGCAGACCCAUCGCUUUGCAAAUGAGGCACUUCGUAGCAUGUCGCGGGUCGUGUCAACAGAUUCAUCAUAUUUCACUUCUGAAGCUGAUCGUGCGCGGUCAACACGAAAUGCUGACAGUAUGCGGCAACUGGUCCUCGACAUGCAAGAUCGGAAAUUAGAGCCGUCGUUAUUGCCCAGCCACAAAACCAGGGGGUUGUGUACAGACAUUGGUGUUGCAGCCGCAGAGGGCGGAGGAGGUGGAGCUGCUGUCUCGACUACCACACGUCACCAGGUGUUACCAAGUUUGCUCCCUGGCGAUCAAGUCAUAUGCGCGGCGUUACGCGCCUUGGAACCGGCAGUGAUUGUAGCCACAAAGAACCAACGCAUCUAUCACACCUCCUACGAAACUUACAGCGCCCAAGCACAAGUUCACAGCUUCUCAGUCCGCCUCGCUGCCCCUCUGCAUGAUGUUUUGGUGAUCAAUGACUUGUCGGAGCAGGCAGGGCUGCUGCUUGUGAACAAACGGGGAGGUUUCAGCCUUGUGAAGGAUUGCUGGGAGGAGACACAAGGGGUGCCAACCGAGGUCGCUACAUUCUCGGCGUGCCCGCCAAAACAAACAUUGGAUAUCAAGUCUGUCUAUCGGUCGUACAACGCGAACCUUUUUUACGGGGGUUCAAUUGGAAGCAGUGGUGGCACUGAGAUUCAUUUGCUUUCUCUAGAUGAGGAACAGGUCAUUCAACGACUGGAGGUCUCUGGUGAUCCUGUUCUUACUUCAUUGGCGGCGCAUACAACAGGCCGUGCAGUGUUUGCGGGGUGCUCGGAUGGUGUAGUUCGGUACUACGAUGACCGCCAGAAGCAGGGAUUCCUUGGUGCCGUGGGAAUGUUGCGGCGUAAGCAGAAUGCGUCCAUGUCUUCGUUCUCCUCCACACCCCCAACCUCUUCCUCUUCUUUGGAUGCCAUUGUUGGCGCUGGCCCUGUGGAGGCCGGCUCAGCUGCCUUAACAAUUGCUACAGCCAGUCGCAGUGCUGUACGUCUCUAUGACUCUCGCAAGAUCUCUGAGCCCACGUUAGAGGUUGAUGUGGCCACGCUCUGCGGCGGUCACGGAGGGUGGUCUCACGUAACAAGAUCAACUUUCAUUACGGCAUUUGCUACUGGCGUGCAUACUGGCUUGCUUGGGGCACUCCUCUCGGACGGUAGCUAUAUUGCUCUUAAUGUUCGAGGGCGACCGUUGUUGAGCAAAACAAUCAGCGUCUCAAAUGCCCAGGGAGCCCUCUUGCCCGGGAGCUGCGUGGUUCAUCCCUUACGGCCGCUCAUGACAGUGGGAGGUGAGAUCAUGCUUAUGCAGUGA